AUGGCGCAUGAAGACCAAGGGCAAUAUGCUCCUUGUCCACACUGUUCCUUUGGUAGCCAUGAUUCCAAGAAACUGGCCAGGCACCUGCGUCAUUUUCAUUCUGAUGAGCAGAGUUCCGACGAAAGCAUCCUACAGCCUGUUCCAUCGAGCCCAGCAGAUCGCCACUCCGAUUUGACGGAUUUUGAAUUGGCUCAAAUUCUCGCUUUCGAGGAAGCUGGACUUCCACGAGAACUUGCCUUGUCUGAUCCGCCCAGUGCUCCUUCCAGCAAGUCACUCUCCGGAACGUCAGAAAAUGAGAGUUUGUCUCGUCGACAAUCUCAUCCUGCCCGCGCCAAUGAUACAGUGCAAUGGGUGGAAUGUUUCUGCGGUGAGCAGAUACACAUCCUUGAGCUUGGUGCCCACUCCGAGAUGCACGCUCAAGAGAAGAUGUCCAUCGAGGAUAGCCACCUUGUGGUGGGAGAUUCGUCAAACGCAACCUCUACCAUGGAGCGACCCAUAUCGGAUAUCUCUAAUGCCUUUACCACAACACUUCCAGACUCCUUGCGGAACUAUGACCAGAUGCAGGCGAAGACUCCUCAAAGCCGUAGCAAAAGACGGGGUCCAUCCUUAAAGGAGAUUUUCCUAGGUAUGCCGGCGGGAACUAAGAAGAAAGCGGCCGUUGCCGCCGAGGAAGGAAAGACGAGACGUCUCGGGAAGGCUGAACUUGGACCAUACGCGCACGAACGCCAAAUGCCGAACUGGCUACGACGAAUGCUUGAAGAAGGAGCCAAAGUCUCGGUUACAACCCAAAUUGCACCCGAUGGCAAGCUGGUUAGGGUCGAGCAUGUAGCAAACGAGACUCCCAAUCUUGUGCCUGUACUCGCACGCCUGUCACAGCUUGACCGAAAUGUCGAGCGCGCCUUUUAUUGCAGCCCGGCAGUACGACAUGUUUGCAAGAUGUCUAGGGAAGGGGGCUUCUGCGGGUAUCGCAAUAUCCAGAUGAUGAUAUCCUACAUCCAAAGUGCCAACCCCGAGGCUACCAAACACUUCCCUGGAAGACUGCCUAACAUCCUGCGGCUGCAGGACUUUAUCGAAGAUGCAUGGGACCAAGGCUUCAACCCAGGUGCACGCAUCGAGACAGGAGGUAUUCGGCUUACGCGAAAGUACAUUGGUACACCCGAGGCUGAAGCGUUGUUUCUGAGUCUAGACAUUCCCUGCGAGCCGUCGGCAUACACGACCACAGGCAACGUUGAAGCAGUGGAGGCGAUGCUUUGUGCAGUAUGCGAGUACUUUGAUGACGAGUCUUCCAGAGAUAAUCUUGACAAGGUCGUGGUCACGGAGAAGCCGCCAAUCUACUUUCAGCAUAGGGGCCAUUCGAUGACGAUUGUUGGCGUUGAGAGCAACCUUGAUGGAGACGUGAAUUUGGUGGUCUUUGAUCCCAUGUUUAACCCGUCUCCGGCGUUGAAGAAGAUUGCUCUUUCAAACAACACAUCGUUUAGAUGUGCUGUGCCAGCGAAACUGCUUAAAGGGCAUCGACGUACCGCGAAGUAUCUUGGAAGGUAUCAAGCCUUCGAGUUACUCAGGCUGCUGUGA